AUGACUUUCUGGCUCUCUUUACGGCGAACUCGCUUGGCCAGACAUCGCAUCAGCGAUGUGUUUCGUCCAAAUGGACCUCAUCGAUCUCAUCAGUCAACAGAAACGCCACCAACUAGAUCCCGCCAAGAUUCACAUACUGAUCGAACCCGUAUCGUGCACAGCACUCCAGGCCUCUUCUACACAAAUCGAAACAUAAGCAAGGCAGGUCUCAAACUCCAGAGUGGCAUCGAGAGAGAUGAGCUGCUUCUCGAGCCACUUGGACCUUUAUCGUCUUCAGAUCUGGAAGUGCAACGACGACUACUAGCUCCGGGCUGCGAUCCUACGCAAAUUCUGCGUCAGUCAAUAGCUGCUAGGACUGCCACUGUGCAUGUCGUGCGACUUUGUCUUGAAAAACAGUUUGCUGAAUUGAGAGCGAUCCCUCGGCGAGAGCGUCAGAGUGUGGCAAAAUCACAGUGCGGUAUCGCCGCAGUCGUAUUGGACCAUAUCCUCCGGKAUCCACAACUAUGGGUCCCGUUCUUCAUGCAUUGUCCAGGCGGGCAACUUCAAGUAUCAUAUUAUGCUAUCCUACAAGGAAUCGAUGACCGGAUUUUGGAGUGGUUGCAUACAGAGCUGAGAGGAGAACAAAAAAACGUGCGAAACGUGUGGCGAGGUUCACUUCUGCGAAAUAUGGUAGAAGCCCAUAUGAUGCACGAAGUUCAACACAACCAAGACCCAGCUGUCCAGUGCUUCCUGCGCGUGUGUGCUCAACAGAAAAUCGCCCAUUCGCAGUACACGGAAUCUCAUGCAGAAGACCCCAGCGUACCUAAGCCAGGAAUUCUGUGUACCAACCUUCUCCCGACAUUUCAUAUGCUUCCAGACAGACUCACCAGAACCGAAAAUCACAACACCAAUCCCAAACUAUACACACAGUUGGUUGAAAGGUUCGCAUCGCCAGAUCAAUACACCACUCCGCGGCUUCAAGCUGAAGUCGACAUCGAUGUAGCGUGCCUGUUGCUAUACUAUCCAACAUGGCCCAAGGAAACCGCCGCGAUGAGACUGCUCCAGAGUUUCGCAGCGGGUAAGUUGGACGCCCUACCAGACAGGAUCACAACUCCUCUAGGUGCGCUGUACUUCAAGCGCUUCCUACAACGGACACUCGAUGUGUUGCUCGCGAAUAACAAUUCGACCGAUGCAGAGUGGUUGAAGCAGAAGUUCCAUUUACUGGCCGAUCCUACGACAGGAAAUUUCGCCGACCCCACACGGAUUAGAAGGCCUGGUGAAGGUCUAGGCCGAUCGAAGAGAGGCGGUCGGACGAAAAAGAACUCGGCAGAGCCGAUACCGUUUCCAACUUUCAAUUGA